AUGGAGUGCAAAAAUGAACAUUUUCGCAAUAUCUUGCUUUAUUAUUUCCGUAAAGGAAAGAACGCAAGGCAAGCCGCAAAAAAGAUACGUGAUGUGUAUGAUGAUGAAGCCCUUAAAGAAAGGCAAUGCCAAAAUUGGUUUAAAAAAUUCCGUUCUGAAGAUUUUUAUCUUAAAGAUGACAAACGUUUAGGUCGACCAGUUAAGCCGACUGAGGAUGAAAUUAAAACCAUCAUCGAAACGGAUCGUCACAUAACUACACAAGAGAUUGCAGAGAAGGUAAAUGUUUCACAUACAACCAUUGAGAAUCAUUUAAAACGUUUUAGGCUCGUUAAGAAGUUGGAUAUUUGGGUUCCGCACGAUUUGAAAGAAAUUCAUCUGACACAGCGUAUCAACGUUUGCGAUUUAUUGCUUAGACGCAAUGAAUUUGAUCCGUUUUUAAAACGAAUCAUCACUGGAGACGAAAAGUUGAUUGUAUACCACAAUGUCAAUCGAAAACGAUCGUGGUGCACGCUUAAUGAGUCAUCGCAAGCCACUUCAAAGGCACAAAGAUCCAAAAAAAGAAAAUUUUUCUGUCAAUUUGGUGGAAUGGGAAAGGUCCGGUGUUUUUUAAGCUGCUUCCAAGGAACCAAACCUUUAAUUCGGAGGUCUACUGUCGGCAACUGGAUAAAUUGA